AUGGCCGCUCAACUGUUCAAUCGAAUCGGUCAAUUGGGCCUUGGCCUAGCAAUAGCUGGCAGUGUAGCUAAUACAGCAUUAUAUAAUGUUGACGGUGGUCAUCGAGCUGUCAUAUUUGACAGAUUUACAGGAAUAAAGAAUACCGUAGUUGGAGAAGGAACACAUUUUUUAAUUCCCUGGGUUCAGAAGCCAAUCAUUUUUGAUGUCCGCUCGCGUCCCAGGAAUGUUCCUGUCAUCACUGGCAGCAAAGAUUUGCAAAAUGUUAACAUCACACUCAGAAUAUUGUUUAGACCCCUUCCAGAACAAUUGCCAAAAAUAUACACUAUUUUAGGUGUAGAUUAUGAUGAGCGUGUCUUACCCUCAAUCACCACUGAAGUCUUAAAGGCUGUAGUGGCACAGUUUGAUGCUGGUGAACUAAUCACCCAGAGGGAAAAUGUUUCACGUAAAGUUAGCGAAACUCUUAUUGAACGUGCUGGACAGUUUGGUGUUGUAUUAGACGAUAUUUCAAUUACCCAUUUAACAUUCGGUAAAGAGUUCACUCAAGCUGUUGAAUUGAAACAAGUGGCUCAACAAGAUGCAGAAAGAGCAAGAUUUUUGGUAGAAAAAGCUGAACAGCAGAAACAAGCUUCUAUUAUUUCUGCCCAAGGAGAUUCGGAAGCUGCUUCAAUGUUAGCUAAAUCAUUUGGAGAUGCAGGUGAAGGUUUGGUUGAAUUGAGAAGAAUUGAAGCCGCAGAAGAUAUAGCUUAUCAACUAUCAAGAUCUAGACAAGUCUCAUAUUUCCCCCCAGGACAAAACAUUCUUCUUAACUUACCAACACAAUAA